AUCUCCCAGGUCUCUGCCAGCUGCUGGUUGUGGUCCCCCCAGGGCAAUCCUCUGCACCUCUCAAGGGGGCGGGGGCCUUUCUGGUUGCAGUCUCCUUGGGGUUUUUGUGUUCUGGGGCAGCGGCUGGAUCUCUGGGACUUGGAGCUCUCUUAGUCUCCUACACAUCUUUGGGGGCAGCAUUCACUAUGCCUGGCAAAGAGUCCAAACGCAAGGCGGAUGCUGCUAAGCGCAGCAAUCGUCCAGCUCCGCCUAUUCGAAUCGGGAUUCCAAGGCACAGCAACGAUGAUGUUAAUUUUUCUGGAACUGGCUUUCGUCAUCGAGUUCGUCGUUGGCCUACCAGUGUGAUUUCUAACAAAGCUCACAAGUUGGUCCUUCCAGAUGAGAUUCCUGACAAGAAAUUCGUCCUACUUGUUGGGGACUCCCACUUGAGGUCCGUGGCAGACGGCAUAGUCCCUAUGCCGGUUGGCGGCCUUGCUUUUGGUGUGAUGUCCACUCCAGGAGCUUGUGCAGAUCUUCUGCGCCUUGAGGUUUCACAGGCUGUGUUACCUCGGGAGCCUGAUGCUGUUUGCGUCAUGGCUCCUUCUAACAACCUUACGGCCAGCAGAACAGUUGAAGAGGCAGGGGAUGCAUUUGAGCGGUACCUUUUGGCUGUUCUCAGUCGCUGGCCUAAGGUUUUCUGUACCUCCAUGAUUCCCCGUUUAGUUGGAUCCUGGGAGCGUCAAGACCUGUUUCAGCAGGAGUACCACCGCAGAUCGGCUAAGCUAGGUGUAAGUUAUGUGCCGAUCCACGAUCACCUACCCAGGUACCGUCUUAAACUGUGGUGCCGUGAUGGUAUCCACCUCAGUGAUAAUCACGGGAUGCCUAUACUCACGCAACUGAUGUGGAAUGCCUCCUAUCAGUUCUUGGAGACACACGCACCAAAGCCACUGGUGCAGCACCAGGUGUCUCGUCCGCAGAAAGCGAGUAUUGUGCCCCGUGUGGUUGUGAAGGGUGUGGAACGCAUUCCACCUCCACGCCCUUCCGAAUGGACGUUUGUGAGACCUAGCGGGAAGAGGAACCAUUCAGGGGAAUUUGAAAAGACUUCUAAUUCCCCCAAGAAACGAGUGGUUGUUUCUAAGGCUGAUGACACUUCAGUGGCCUUGAAGGAGUGUUUCAUCCCCCUGAAUCCCGUUAGGUUCUCACCUUCAAUUCUGGCUGCCAUGGACACGAUUGCUCCAGCGGAUGGUCCCACAGACAUACAGACUACAUCUGUGCGACAUUUUAAGAAAGCAGCUAGGCGUGUCCAGCAGGAGGUUGCAUCCACACCUUGCAUAAAUCCUCUUGCAGACGUGGAGUCUGUUCGGUCUAGGAAGGAGGUGUUGGACUGUGACCAGCUGCCUUCACCCCACCAUCAGGAGGCAUCUGGUUGUCCUGGGUCUGUCUCUGGGUCUGUUGCUGCCCAUGCUGUGAUGCUUCGUUCUGGCCAUCACGCGCAUGCAUCACCCAGAGGUCAGUCUGCUAACACCCCUUCUUGCGUGCGUUCACAGGUUUUGCUGUCGUCUCUAGUUCCAGAGACAACUGUUCAAAAUCCUGUUGUAAAUAAUUUUGAUAAAGAUAAAACAAUUUUACACAACGAUGAUACAAUUUUAGACUCUGUCCUAGGAUCAUUUCAUCAGGGCGAUAGGCGUUUUAAAUAUGGGGGAGUUCAGUGUGCAGCUAUUACUGUUGUUGCUUUAACAAAGCACAAACAGAAGAGUGUUUUCUCUUGGGAUUUUGCCGUGUUGGAUAACGUUGUUGAGUUAGGAGAUGAGCUGUACACAGAUUUGCGCGACAACAAGAAGAUUAGAGGUGGACAUGAGUUUCUCUCUGUUCCAGACUUGCCAAAGGAAAUUGACAUGGAAGAACAGAGUUUUAAGCUUGUUUACGGGGAUUUCGUUUUAGGAGAUGUAGAUGUAGCUGAAGGCGAGUUAAUAGAUGCUGGUGUGUACACUCCUCUCCUGGAUGGAUUGAAGAAGAUGUGCACACAGCAUGAAACUUGCAUUAUGACAUUAAGUGGCAAUACUUGUGCUAUCAUUUGUGAUAAUGGACGUUAUGCUGUAGUAGAUUCCCAUGCACGCUCCGCAGACGGCAUGGUAGACCCGACAGGACAGAGUGUAGUUCUGUACUUUGCGAACCUUGAUAAUGUUUUUCAACAUUUUCAGAGGUUUGCUAGUGAACUGGUGGGAUCUCAGAGGUUAUUUGAGAUCACUGGAGUGGAUAUUGUUCAGAUGGACACAUUUAAAAAUGUAUCUGAACAAACAGAUGACAUUGACAUAAACCCUGUUAUUUUUGUUAGUGAUGCUAGUACUAAAGAUUUUCAUUUCAGUCCCGUUUCUACAGACGUGUCACAGGCGUUGAGUAAAUGUCUGAAUGUGAAGUCUGCGAUGGUUGAAUCAUCUCCUGUUCCUUCAUGUAGCACAAGUGUGGUUAACGUUGAUGAUGACAACAGUAUUGUAAACAAUGAUACAAUUUUAAGCUCACUUACAGGAUCAUUUAAUCAGAGCGAUGGGCGUUUUAAAUAUGGCGGCGUUCAGUGUGCAGCAAUAAGUCUUGUUGCUUUAACUAAGCACAACAUACAAAGUGUUUUUUCAUGGGAUUUUGCCAUGUUAGACAAUGUUGUUGUUUUGGGCGAUGAGCUGUACACAUAUUUACGCGACAGUGAUCUAAUAAGUGCUGGGAAUGUGUUUCUUUCUGUUCCAGAAUUGCCAAAGGAAAUCGUUAUGGGCAAACAGACUUUUAAGUUGAAUUAUGGGGAUUUUGUUUGUGGAAAUGUAGAUAUCGUUGAAGGUGAACUUAUAAAUGCUGGAGUGUACACUAGUCUUUGGGAUGGUUUGAAUAAGAUGUGUACACAAUAUGAAACAUGUUUUAUUACACUUGGAGACAAUACUUGCGCUUUACUUAGUGAAGAUGGACAUUAUGCUAUUGUUGAUUCACAUGCUCGUUCUGCAGAUGGAAUGGUUGACCCAAACGGUAAAAGUGUAAUUCUAUACUUUAGUAGUCUUGACAAUGUUUUUAGAUAUAUUCAGAGGUUUGCCAGUAAAUUAAAUGGAACUCAGAAGUUGUUUGAGAUCAGUGGAGUUAACAUUGUUCAGAUGGACACAUUGAAAAAUGUUUUUGAACAAACAAGGUUGCCUCCAACAACAGGAAAGGAGGUUAGACGUGAAGAGUCAUUUCCACUCUCGGAACCAAAAAAGUUACAGACAGAUGACACCGACAUAAACCCUGUUGUUUUUGUUAGUGAUGUUAGCACUAAAGAUUUUCAUUUCAAUCCCAUUUCUAGGGACGUGUCUCAGGUGUUGAGUAAACGUCUGAAUGUGAAGUCGGCAAUGGUUGAUGAAUCAUCUCGUGUGAUUGGUGAAUUGGGUGUACCAUGCAUGAAUAAAUCAAUAGUGGCAGAUGGAAACUGUUUUUUUAGAGCACUUAGUCAAGCUAUUUCUAGCACCCAGGAAUAUCAUAGAAAAAUCCGUCUUGCUUUGGUCAAUCAGUUAAAAAAGAAUCCUCAAAUGUAUCAAACCAUUUUAAGAAGUGAGUAUUCCUCGGUUUCGCAGUACCUCACCUCAUCCAGGAUGCAGUACGUUGGCAGUUGGGCAACUGAAGUGGAAAUUCAAGCUGCUGCUGAUUAUUUUGGCAUUAACAUAUUUACUUACUGUAAUGAUAAAUGGCUUAAAUAUACAUCCAACAGCAUCUUUUCACAGCAGGCUGUUUAUUUGGAGAAUAGUAAUGGUAACCAUUAUGAGACAGUGGUUUGUGUAAAACAACCUAACACAGGAACUUGUUAUGGUUAUUGUGGCCCUGUAAAUAGUAUUUCUGGUAGAUACAAUACUCGACAUGCCCCUACAGAACAUUUAAAAUGUUCAGUAGAAACUGUGACGCUUGAGCCGAGUUCCAUAGAUACAGAUGGUGUUAGUGUUGUUCAUUCAAAUACUUUAUUUACUCCUAUGUCUGCAGAUUUUUGUAAAACUCUGUGUAAUCGGUUGAAAAUAGAUUUUGAGAAACACAAUUCUCAAGAAUCCACAUCAGGUGGGCCUUUAGGAAAUGUGUGUAAGACAGAACAUAUUAUUGAAGAUGGUAACAGUUUUUUUAGAGCUGUAGCUCAUGUAAUUAGUGGGUCACAGAAGGGCCAUCGUAAGAUCAGACUCGCUGUUGUUUCUUAUAUGUCCAAAAAUGCUGAAGAGUGUGAGAACUUUCUGGGAAAAGAACAUGCUUCUGUGUCAGAAUACAUAAAAACGUCACAGAUGAAUUAUGUCGGUCACUGUGCUACAGAGGUAGAAUUUAGAACUACAGCUAGUGUUUUAGGAAUACCCAUAUUUAUCAACAAUGGCACAGAGUGGGUCAAAUAUAGUUAUCAAACUAGUAAUUUUGUCACUGAGGGACUAUAUUUGUCAAACUGUAAUAAUCAUUUUGAACCCGUUCUUUGCAUAAGACUGGGUAAUAAAGAAACAUGUUUUGGGUUUUGUAAAGUUGAUUCUUUGUCAGACAACGUAAACAAAUGCAGAAGGUCAACUAUGAUGCAAUUAAAUGCUGACCCAAACAUGGAAAAGAUGAAAACGAGGAAGAGUUUUUCCAGAUAUUUAAAGCAAAAUAAGGCUUAUGCAGAAGCCUCUAAUUAUAAAAUGGUAAAUGCAGUUAAAGACAAAAUAAAAAGUCAGAAGAAAAAUGCAUACAAGCAAAAUGUUGCUUACAGAAUGAAAAAGAUCAGUGCGACCAAAUUUAAAUACAAAUUUCUUCUUGCACAUAAAGAGAAAGUGAAAAAGAUGGCUUUGUUUAACUACCAUCACAACUUUUCUAACAAAGAAAAAGUUAAAAAGAGGACCAGUUAUAGCUACCAUCAUAAUUUGGCUCAUCGAGAAAAGCUUAAACAGAUGAGUGUGUAUAAGUAUCGUCAUAACUUAGCUCAUCAAGAAAAGCUUAAACAGAUGAGUGUGUAUAAGUAUCGUCAUAACUUAGCUCAUCAAGAAAAGCUUAAACAGAUGAGUGUGUAUAAGUAUCGUCAUAACUUAGCUCAUCAAGAAAAGCUUAAACAGAUGAGUGUGUAUAAGUAUCGUCAUAACUUAGCUCUUCAAGAAAAGCUUAAACAGAUGAGUGUGUAUAAGUAUCGUCAUAACUUAGCUCUUCAAGAAAAGCUUAAACAGAUGAGUGUGUAUAAAUAUCGUCACAACUUGGCUCAUCGAGAGAAGCUUAAACAGAUGAGUGUGUAUAACUCUCGUCAUAAUUUGGCUCAUCGAGAAAAGCUUAAACAAAUGAGUGUGUAUAAGUAUCGUCAUAAUUUGGCUCAUCGAGAGAAGCUUAAACAGAUGAGUGUGUAUAAGUAUCGUCAUAAUUUGGCUCAUCGAGAGAAGCUUAAACAGAUGAGUGUGUAUAACUACCGUCAUAAUUUGGCUCAUCGAGAGAAGCUUAAACAGAUGAGUGUGUAUAAGUAUCGUCAUAAUUUGGCUCAUCGUGACAAAAUGAAAGAGUUGACUAGAAAGAAAUACCUUAAUAUUGAGCAUAAAACAUGUUUAAUAGAAAGUAUCCAGCAUAAAAGAAAGCUGAUUAAAGUAAAUUCACAAAACUUUAAUUUUGUUGUAGAUCAAUUUUUAGAGAAAGUGAAAGAUGGACCUGAUUUUGUGUGUUGUGUCUGCUCACGGUUGUUGUUUAGACAUCAGGUCUUAAACUGUAAUCAAGAAUACUAUAGAAAAACCAAAGAAAUGUCACUUAUAGCAGAUAAAUGUGUAAGUGACAAUCAUCUGCACAAAUGCAAUGAUGCAUGUAGAUUACCUUGCAAAUUGAAUGUAUGUAGAAAUAAACUGUACAUCUGUUACACGUGUCAUUAUAAAAUUAGUAAAUGUCAGAUACCCCCAGAAAGUUCAAUCAACAAGCUGACUGUUGAUCCCAUCCCACCUCAACUGGCAUGUUUAAAUACAUUAGAGCAACAUUUAAUAGCGAUGAAUAUACCCUUUAUGAAAAUGUUGGCUCUGCCCAAAGGUGGUCAGAAUGGGAUUCAUGGUCCUGUCACUUGUGUACCUGCAAAUAUAGUGGAAACGUGCAGUUUGUUACCACGUACCAACAUGGAGGGGUCUUUAUUACCUGUAAAGUUAAAGCGUAAAUUGACAUAUAAAGGACACUAUGAUUAUCAGUAUGUUGACACACAGCAUGUUCAGGAAGCUCUUCAGUAUUUAAAACGUCAUAAUUUGCAUUAUAAAGAUGUAGAGUUCAAUGAGUCUUGGAUUAACACAUUUACUCAGGAAGAUGAGUCAUCUGUCUUGGAAGAGGAUAGUGGUUCUGGUAAAGAUGAAGAUACUUGCAUAGAUGGAGAAGAUGAGUUAUUGCAUGACAGACAACAACACUGUAUGUUUCAGGACACCUGUCUCAUGCCAGUAGAUAUAGGACAAGAAGCAUUGGACCAGUAUGUAGAUAACAUAUUAAAUGUAGCUCCAGGUGAAGGUAACAAUCCAGUGAAAUUGCUUUCAGAUUUUACAAAUGAAGCAAAAAGUUUUCCCGUCUUGUUUCCUUCAGGAUCGAAUACUUACUAUGAAAGCAGACAAUUUCGUUUGACUCUGAAUCGGUAUUUCAACAACAGGCUUCUUCAUGUCGAUGGUCGAUUUGCUAACAAUGUAGAAUAUAUAUUUUUUGCACAGUACAUGUCUGAACUAGAGCAGGUUGUGUCCAAAGUUUCUAUAGCUUUGCGUAAAGGUAAAAGCGGUGAAUCUCAGAAGUUGGGUAAUUUGAUACAGGAUCAGGAUUCUUUAAAUAAGCUGUUAGAGUUUGAUGAUGGCUACCGGUUUCUUAAACCAAUUCGCGGCACACCUGCUUUUUGGCAAUCUGCUCAGCGAGACCUCCUGGCUUGUGUAAAAAUGUUGGGCAAACCUACUUGGUUCGCAUCAUUUUCUUCGGCAGAUUUGAGGUGGACUAACCUUCUUUAUAGUAUUUUGAAACAGGAAGGCAGAACAGAGACAGUGGAACAGCUGGAGUGGGCUGAUAAAUGUGACCUCCUACGUAGGAAUCCAGUAACUGCUGCCCGAAUGUUUGAUUUUAGAUGGCAUGUCUUCUUAAGGGAAGUGCUAAUGUCUCCUGCCAAUCCCAUUGGUAAAAUAGAAGAUUAUUAUUAUCGUGUUGAGUUCCAGCAGCGUGGUUCUCCUCACUGUCAUUGCCUUUUCUGGGUUUCUGGUGCUCCCAUUUUAGAUAAGAACACAGAUGAGGAGGUCAUUGCAUUUGUUGAUGAAUAUGUGACAUGUGAACUUCCUUCUGAAGACAAUUCACUACAUGAAGUCGUCUCAUCUGUCCAGCAGCACUCCAAACGGCAUUCAAAGACUUGUAGAAAGAAAAAAACUGUUUGUCGUUUUAAUUUUCCACGACCCGCAUCUGUUAGAACUUUUAUUAGCCGUGGCGAAAAGUAUCAAGACGCAGUGAAGACUUGCAAGUGUGAUAAAACAGAUAGCACUGUACAGUGUGCCUGUGCGUCUCAAGAUAAAGCUCGUAAACAGGAAAUGGACAAAGAAGUAGCAAGUGCCAUUUUAACUAAAGUAAAGACUGCUAUUUCUAGUGAAGACUGUCCAUAUAACAGUGUAGAAGGUCUGUUUCAGGGCCUGGGUAUCAGUCAGGAACUAUUUGAGAUGGCAUAUAAACGAUUUAGUCGAAAUACACAUGUUGUUUUGAAAAGGGAAGUUAAUGAAAUCUGGAUUAAUCAGUAUAGCAAGUUGCUGUUAAAAGCUUGGAAUGCUAAUCUUGAUAUCCAGUAUUGCGUCGAUGCUUAUGCGUGCUGUGUAUACAUAAUAUCUUACAUGUCUAAAAGUGAACGGGAAAUUGGCCUUCUGCUUGCUAAUUCUCAAAGGGAAGCAGCCAAAGAUGGUAAUCUUAGUGCUAAAGAGGCCUUGAAGAGUCUUGGUAAUGUUUAUCUUCAUAAUCGAGAUGUUUGUGCGCAGGAAGCAGUCUACAGGCUAACUAACAUGCAUCUAAAGGAGUGUUCUAGGAAAGUUGUGUUUGUCCCCACCGGUGAUAAUAUAGUGAAAAUGAGUUUGCCUAUUUCUGUUUUGAGGCAAAAAGCAGCAUCACAGGAUCUUACUUCAGAUGACAUGUGGAUGACCGGAUUAGUUGAUCGCUAUAAGAAGAGGCCAAAUGAUGAUGUGUUCAAUGAUAUGUGCCUGGCUACGUUUGCAUCAGAAUAUCGUGUUUUGAGUAAAAACGAAAAAUGUAGAAAUCCUAUAAAGUUAAGUAAUGAUUUAGGAUUUGUUACAAAAAGAACUCGGACUAAACCAGCGGUUGUUCGUUACGCGCGUUUCUCUGAAACAAAAGACUCAGAGAAAUUUUAUCAAAGCAUGUUGCAGUUGUUUUUGCCGUACCGCCAUGAUGGUGAACUUAAGCUUAACUGUGAAACCUUUGAGGAAUUUUACAGAACUGGUUUAGUUAGAUUUUUUGAUAGAACAAACCACUCGGUAAAGGCUGUUGUAGAUUUAAAUCGGGGUAAAUUUGAAUUAGAAUCCGAUCAUUUGGACGCUGUGAAUAAUAUAGUCGGUGAUGUAAUGUUAGAAGAUGCAUGGUGUGAGUUGUGUCCGGCAGUUGAAAUGGAACGUUUGGAGUGUGUUGAAAUACUGAAAGAAUCAGAACCGACAGUAAGUGACGAGGCAGAAGUAAUCCCAGAUUUGGCUCCAUGUUCAAACCAAAUUGCACAUUUAGAGAAGAGAAACACGAUGAGUAGAGGUGAAGGUCUGGCAUUGAUUAGGUCUUUAAAUGAAAAGCAGUUUUCUGUUUUUAAUCAAAUCAGGCAGUGGUGUGUAGAUAAAGUUAAUGGUAAUAACCCUGAACCACUGCAUGUUUUUGUUACAGGCGGGGCGGGCGUUGGGAAAAGUCAUUUAAUUCGAGCAAUAGAGUAUGAAACACAGAGAUUACUGUCACCAAGCUGUAGACAUCCUGACAAUGCAUGUGUAGUAUUGGCAGCUCCUACUGGGAUUGCAGCAUAUAAUUUAGGUGCAACAACAAUCCACACUACACUGUCUAUAGGAAAGGAUGUGCGCUUACCGUACACUCCUCUGGGUGAAGAAAAACUAAAUUCUUUACGUACAAAAUAUUGUGAUCUGCAGCUCCUUAUUAUUGAUGAAAUAUCAAUGGUAGAUCAUAACCUGUUGUCCUAUGUUCAUGGUAGAUUACGUCAGAUUAAACAAACGGGUGACUUUUCAUCUUUUGGAAGUGUCAGUGUAGUGGCCGUUGGAGAUUUCUUCCAGCUACCUCCUGUUAAAGGGAAGCCACUCUAUUCUGAUGGUGUAGGUAGCAACUUAUGGUCAAGCCUAUUUAAAGUUGUACAGUUAACUGAAGUCGUUAGACAGAAAGAUGCUGUGUUUUCUGGACUGCUAAAUAGAAUCAGAACUCAUACAAAAGGUACACCAUUGUUACCUGAGGAUUUAAAGGUUUUAAAAACUUGUGAAACAGGUGAGGCAAGCUCAGCAUUGCACAUAUUUGCAACAAAUAAUCAAGUAAAUAAUCACAACAUCCAUCAGUUAUGUCACGUUUGUCCUGAUUACAUAUCAAUUACAGCCAAAGAUUAUGUUAAUGAUAAAAGAACAGGCAAACUGAAGUUGUUGGAAGGGAAUCACGCCAGAGCUUCUAAUACUAACUUGUCAGAAGUGUUACAGUUGGGUAAGGGUGCGCGUGUAAUGUUGUGUAAAAAUGUGGAUGUCAUUGACGGUUUAGUAAACGGAAUUUGUGGUACUGUGACAGAAAUUAAAAUGUUAGAAAAUGACACCUUUCCUAAAAAAGUUUAUGUUCAGUUUGAUGACCAUCGUGUCGGCUUGCAGAGGAGGAAAACCUCCCAGUCUCUGUCAUCAAAUUUAGCUGGAUCUACACCUAUUGAACCCGAGGAGGAAAGGGCCACUGUUAAAGGUGGAUUACGGCGACAAUUUCCUCUUAAAUUAGCUUGGGCGGUUACGGUUCAUAAAGUUCAGGGACUCACUCUUGAAAACGCUGUUGUUAGUUUUAGGAAAAUAUUUGCACCAGGUCAAGCAUAUGUAGCACUUAGCCGUGUAACAAGUCUUUCAGGACUCACAAUUCAGGACUUUGAUGAAAAACGAAUCUAUUGUAAAGAUGACAUUACAGUUGCAGUUAGUAAUAUGACACCUUUUUUGACUCCAAACUCACAGUUCGACAGAUUUAACUCUUCUGCAUUCACUGUGUUUUUAAUGAAUGUCCAAAGUCUGAAUCGACACGUUAAAGACUUAGCUUUCUGCACACAGCAUUUGCAACCUAAUUGCAUUGCUGUCACAGAAACAUGGGUAUCUACAGACAGAUCAGAUGCAGUACAGAUUGAUGGCUAUAGUUUUUACAACUGCCCACGAGGUUUAGCUUAUUCUAGUACCCAUGAGUCAUUGAUUGCUUUUCAAGAACAACAACAUGGUGGUGUUGGCUUUUAUACUGCAGAUGGUGUGGCAUUUAAAAUGUUGCAGGCUCCAGACGUCAACUUGGAGAGUUUAGUGUAUAGCUUUGUUAACUUACACAUAGUACUUGGACUGAUUUAUCGACCUCCUUUGUAUCCCCUUUCUUUGUUUAAAGUUAAUUUAACAAAGUUGCUUGAUUGGCUGGAGGUACAAAGCGAGACAUUAGUACUAAUGGGAGAUUUUAAUGAUGACAUUUUAAAAUCAUCAACAAUAUUAAAACUUUUGACUGACAGAGGCUAUGCCCAAAUAGUCAAACAGCCAACAACUGAAAAAGGCACUUUAAUAGAUCAUGUCUAUGUAAAAUCCAACAAGUAUAUAACAGAAGCAUCUGUUAUUCCAACAUAUUUUAGUGAUCAUCAGGGCAUCAUUUGUGAUUUGACACGGCUUUAG